AUGUUACAUUUUCGUUUAUUUUUUGACUUGCUGCUAACGGCCGAGUGUUGUAGUCCGGAGCCCCUUGGUAUGGAAGACAUGACAAUCGCUGAUGGUCAGAUCAGGGCGUCCAGCAGUACUGCCAAUGCUCCUGCCAUUGAGGCACGUCUCAAUAACAUAAAUGGGAAAUGGAAUCCUAAGAGUACCGAUGCAAAUCCCUGGAUUGAGGUAGACCUCGAGAAGAGUACAGUGGUGUAUGGUAUCAUCACACAAGGAGGCUUGAUCGAUUGGUAUGUGAAGAAGUACACAGUGGCAUACCAGAAGCAGCCCUCAACUGUUUACGAUCAUGUAUCAGAUGGAAACGGAGAUAUCAAGGUGUUCGUCGCUAACACCAAUAUUCACACCCCGGUCACUAACCUAUUUGAUGAGAGUGUGGCGGUAAUGGUGGUGCGUAUUGAGCCCACUUCAUGGUCUGGUGGUGUUGGUCUGCGAUUGGAGUUACUUGGAUGUCGUCGUCAUUAAUCAAGCUUAAUCGCCUUUUACGAUUCUGACUGCAUUUGCAGGCAACAUGUUAAUUGGCGACAAGAUCACUUUAAUAGAUUAGCAUAAUAGUCUAGGCCAGUAAAAAGAAAUACAUACGAUAUUGAGAAUUGAUAAUGUAACUUAUUUUUUUUACCUGACAUCCUCUGACCUCAGAAAGAAGUGAAAAAGCAGAAUAUGUAGUCUUUCACCCUAAAAUUAGGGACGCAAAUGGUAAUAACAAGUGCAGACGACGUAACGAAAUUCACAAAGCCAAAUAAGUAAGGUCCCUAAAAACAUUUGUGUCCUCACAGUAUGUGCAUUGCACCUGGGAUUCAUACUUGGAUAAGAUUGAGUCUGGUGCACCUAUUGUAUCAAC